AUGCAAACCAUUCCAGCCAGUGCGGCCGGCGUACCGAAACGGCAAUCGUGUGAUCGAUGUCAUAAACAAAAGCUGCGAUGUAAUCGCUCGUCAGAAGAUGGCGCCUGUGAUCGCUGCAGUCGGUCCAAAUCACAAUGUGUAUACAGCUCGUGCUUGCCCAAAGGCCGACCAAGCUCGAACCGACCCAGAAAGCGGAAGUUGAGCGACUUGUCCGGGCGACAACCAUCGGGAUUAAACGGGACCGGCAACCUCGGUGUCGACCUUGGCGCGAUAGAUGGUAAUUCUCCAUACAACAGCGCAAUUCCGAGCAUCAUUGAAGAACAGCAUGUCAACGACUAUUUGGAUGCCAUCAACUGGGCCGAUACACCGUCUGUGGAUUGGACCGAGAUCGAAAAUUCAAUCAUGCAUCCAGAGCCUUGGAAUUUUGAGACAUCAGUCAGUCAGUAUAUGAUCCAGCAUUCGUUCUCGCCGAACUCUAGAGAGAACAGCAUGAUGGACUUAAUUCCCACACCAGCUCGAGGAACACAUCUUUCAAAUCACGUCGCCGAGAAGCAGACCUGUUCAGGUGAUGCUCAGAAGACAUCUCAUCAGGCUACGAAUCAGGAGAAACGCGGGCCAGAAUCUCUCAUCGCUCGCUUGUCGGAGCUAAGUACUCGUGCAUGCUCCCUGUACAGUGCAGUCCUCGACUUGGCAAACUCGAUGGAAACCCUGGAGCAAAGUAGUAUUGAGCUUCAUCGCAAGGGACCAUUCGCCGAUGACUCGGCCUUCCAGACCUUGACUAGCUGGCUCGUCAGCGCCUCUUCGGACGUCCGUCCACUCACCCGCCCACAAAGAGCAAGUGGCACAAGUUCAACGGCUGAUGAGGGUUGCGAUCUUCUUCACAAUAUCUUUGCUGCAUCUCACGAUCUAUUGGGUACCUUACAGCUUCUCAACGACCAGUUUUCGCAGCCGUCCAUGAAUGCACAUUCUGAGUUAUUGCGAUCUCAUCCAUCUGAUACUAUUACCCCGGCAUCGGUAUCACCGUCUGUUGGAAGCAUCGCGUCGACACCGAGUUCAGGCGAUAGCUUCCGAGGUCCAGGCCACCGGUCGAGCAGUAUGGUACGCCAUAUGGUCAUGGCCUGCCACAUGAUGCUCCUGAAUGUUUACCUCGCAGUCACAAUGUCACUUCAGCACGCCAUAGAUAGUAGAAAUUUGACUGAUGAUAGCACCAGCAUACAAUCAGAUCCUCUUGGCGAAGUUCGAACGAUGGUUGUGGUACAGCUCUGUACCUUUCUUACUGAGCGUCAGGCGAAAGCCGUACAAACGUUUCUCACAAGGUCAUCUUUGCCUGGGCCCGGAUCUGAGCGUCCUGAUGUCAGUACGCUCAGUGAUUCUGAUCAAGCGGCCACCAAAGAGCUGGAGCAGGAUUUGUCGCACCGAUUAGCCCGACUGAAGGCAUCCACUCAUGUAUGA